UUCGGGAGCGCGGCGCGCUGGCUGCGGCCGAGACGGAGGCGGUUACUGCACCGGGUACUGGGGUCGCUGCCUGAGGCGCAGGCGCCGUGGACUUCACCCCCGCCGGGCCUCUGCUCGCUGUGGGCUCGUCAUGGCUACCGCGCAGAGGCCUUUCCACCUGGUGGUGUUCGGCGCCUCUGGCUUUACGGGCCAGUUUGUGACCGAGGAGGUGGCCCGGGAGCAGGUGGACCCGGAGGGGAACAGCCGCCUGCCCUGGGCCGUGGCGGGCCGUUCCCGGGAGAAGCUGCAGGGAGUGCUGGAGAGGGCUGCCCUGAAGCUGGGAAGACCUACACUAUCAUCUGAAGUUGGAAUAAUAAUUUGUGAUAUCGCUAAUCCAGCCUCACUUGAUGAAAUGGCUAAACAGGCAACACUUGUCCUCAAUUGUGUAGGACCCUAUCGAUUUUAUGGAGAACCUGUAGUAAAAGCAUGUGUUGAAAAUGGCACUAGCUGUAUUGACAUCUCUGGAGAACCUCAGUUUCUGGAACUAAUGUAUUGGAAGUAUCAUGAGAAAGCCGCAGCAAAAGGGGUUUAUAUCAUUGGAAGUAGUGGCUUUGACUCCAUUCCUGCAGAUCUGGGAGUAAUAUACACCAGAAAUAAAAUGAAAGGUACUUUGACUGCCGUGGAAAGUUACCUAACUGUACAUUCAGGAUCUGAGGGGAUGUGCAUUCAUGAUGGUACCUGGAAGUCAGCAGUUUGUGGUUUUGGAGAUCAGAGUAAUUUGAAAAAACUACGAAAUCAGUCAAAUCUGAAACCUAUCCCAAUUGUUGGUCCAAAAUUGAAAAGAAGGUGGCCAGUUUCUUACUGCAGAGAACUCAGCAGUUACGCCAUUCCUUUCUUGGGAUCGGAUGUGUCUGUUGUGAAGCGGACUCAGCGUUAUUUGUAUGAAAAUUUAGAGCAAUCACCUGUGCAGUAUGCUGCUUACGUCGCUGUGGGAGGCGUCACCUCUGUCAUUAAGCUGGUGUUCGCAGGACUUUUCUUUCUAUUCUUUGUGAGGUUCGGCAUUGGAAGGCAGCUUCUCAUCAAAUUCCCAUGGCUCUUCUCCUUUGGUUAUUUUUCAAAACAAGGUCCAACACAAAAACAGAUUGAUGCGUCAUCAUUUACAAUGACAUUCUUUGGUCAAGGAUACAGCCCAGAGUUUUGUCCUGUUAAGAACAAACCAAAUAUCAGAAUUUGUACCCAAGUGAAAGGACCAGAGCCUGGCUACGUAGCUACCCCCAUAGCCAUGGUCCAGGCAGCCAUGACUCUUCUGAAUGAUGCUUCUGAUCUUCCUAAGGCGGGCGGGGUCUUCACACCUGGAGCAGCUUUCUCCAGAACAAAGUUGAUUGACAGACUCAACCGACGUGGCAUUGAGUUUAGUGUCAUUAGCAGCUCUGAAGUCUAAACAGUUGAAGAAUUAACUGAAGUAAUGCAAUACAUGAACUAACAGCUUUUUUAUUUGAUAUUUGAAAUUCUUCUCUAAGCCUGACUAUGUAGAAAAUAUGACCAAAUCUUAAAUAUGUACACAUUAAAAGCAGGAAAUUAUACUAGCUUGCCCUUUCAAAUCUUAGCUGAUUUUGUGAUUUUAUUGCUUGUGAGAGAGAACUAAUAUUUGAUUGACUUUGUCAUUGAAGAACUCAUGGUCAGGGAUCAGAGGAUGGUGGGUGUCUCUAUUCGGGCUGCUGACAGAUUCCUUGAUGAGGCACCAGGCUGGUGUUCAUAUCAGGUCAUAACCGCUGUUUUCCUUGUUCUGCUGUUAAAUGGGAUCUUUCCAAUGAGUUUCUCUACAUAUGUGUGGGCAUUCACCAAAUGAAACUACAGUUUGCUAUUUUAGCUUCGUUUUUCACCUAUCUAUACUUAUGUGGAACUUACCUAUGUUGAAUAUUAAAAGAUUGUCAAUUGAA